CCAAAGGGCACCCGGGGGGAAGCGAGCAGCGAGACCACAAGCCGCCCGGAGGUCCGUAACCUGGCUGGAGCCGGGCCGAGCACAGGACUGCAGCUCCAUCCCAUGUGAAAAGCAGUGUUUAAGAUGAAGAUCUUCCAGGGCAGGAUGCAGCACUGGCUGAUUCCAGCUUUUUUGACAAUUGCUCACUUUUGUACCAUUGUCCAGAGUCAAGUGUCUCCGCCAACACGGUUAAGAUAUAAUGUAUUAUCAUCUGAUAGUAUACAGAUUUCAUGGAAGGCUCCACGAGGAAAAUUUGGUGGUUACAAACUUCUUGUGACUCCAGCUUCAGGUGGAAAAACCAAUCAGUUGAAUCUGCAGAACACCGCAACUAAAGCAAUUAUACAAGGGCUCAUGCCAGACCAGAAUUACACAGUUCAACUUAUUGCAUACAAUAAAGAUAAGGAAAGCAAGCCAGCUCAGGGGCAAUUCAGAAUUAAUGAUUUAGAAAAAAGAAAGGAUCCAAAGCCCAGAGUCAAGAUUGUGGACAGAGGAAAUGGGAGUAAACAGUUUUCACCUGAAGAAGUGAAAUUUUUCUGUGAAACUUCAGCUAUUGCUGAUAUUGUAAUCCUGGUGGAUGGGUCUUGGAGUAUUGGAAGAUUCAACUUCAGACUGGUUCGACUUUUCUUGGAAAACCUGGUAACAGCAUUCAACGUGGGCUCAGAGAAGACACGGAUUGGUCUUGCGCAAUACAGUGGUGACCCCAGAAUUGAAUGGCACUUGAAUGCCUUUAGCACAAAAGAUGAGGUGAUUGAAGCUGUCCGAAAUUUACCAUACAAGGGAGGAAAUACACUUACAGGUCUUGCUUUGAACUACAUUUUUGAAAAUAGCUUUAAGCCAGAAGCAGGGGCAAGAAUGGGAGUAUCCAAAAUUGGCAUUUUAAUCACAGAUGGAAAGUCCCAAGAUGAUAUUAUUCCUCCAUCCAGAAACCUCCGUGAGUCUGGUGUAGAACUAUUUGCCAUAGGAGUUAAAAACGCAGAUGAGAGCGAGCUGCAGGAGAUCGCCUCAGAGCCAGACAGCACCCACGUGUACAACGUGGCUGAGUUCGACCUCAUGCACACAGUGGUGGAGAGCCUGACCCGGACUGUGUGCUCCAGGGUGGAAGAACAGGACAAGGAGAUCAAAGCCUCAGCGCUUAUACCCACUGGACCACCUACAGAGCUGAUUAUUUCUGAAGUCACUGCCAGAAGCUUUAUGGUUAACUGGACCCAUGCCCCAGGAAAAGUGCAAAAAUAUAGAGUUGUAUAUCAUCCUACCAGGGGUGGAAAACCAGACGAGGUGGUGGUGGAUGGGAGUGUGUCCUCCACAGUGUUGAAGGGCUUGAUGUCAUUAACUGAGUAUCAGGUAGCUGUCUUUGCCGUCUAUGCCCAUACCGCUAGUGAAGCCCUACGGGGAAGUGAAACUACACUUGCUUUACCCAUGGCUUCCAACCUCCAGCUGUAUGAUGUAACUGAGAACAGUCUGAAGGCCAGCUGGGAUGCAGUGGCCGGGGCAUCUGGCUACCUCAUCCUCUAUGCGCCUCUCACGGAGGAUCUGGCUGGAGAUGAAAAAGAGGUGAAGGUUGGAGAGGCCCACACAAACGUUGAAUUGGGUGGGUUAUUGCCCAAUACAGAAUAUACAGUCACAGUUUAUGCUAUGUUUGGAGAAGAAGCCAGCGAUCCUGUUUCUGGACAAGAAACAACAUUGCCCUUAAGUCCACCACGAAACCUUAGAGUCUCCAAUGUUGGCUCGAACAGUGCUCGGUUAGCCUGGGACCCAACUUCAAGGAAGAUUACUGGUUAUCGAAUUGUUUACAACAACGAGGAUGGGACUGAAAUCAAUGAGGUUGAAGUUGACCCCAUUACUACAUUCCCCCUGAAAGGCCUCACUCCCCUCACAGAGUACACGGUCGCCAUUUUCUCCAUGUAUGAGGAAGGACAGUCAGAGCCUCUGACCGGGGUUUUCACCACAGAGGAAGUUCCAGCCCAGCAAUACUUGGAAAUUGAUGAGGUGAAGACAGACAGUUUUAGAGUGACCUGGCAUCCCCUGUCUGCUGAUGAAGGGCAACACAAGUUGAUGUGGAUUCCUGCAUACGGUGGGAAGACGGAAGAGGUUAUCUUAAAAGAAGAUCAAGACUCUCAUGUUAUUGAAGGUCUGGAUCCUGGCACUGAAUAUGAAGUUUCGCUUUUGGCCAUAAUGGAUGAUGGAAGUGAAAGUGAGGUGGUAACUGCUGUCGGGACUACACUUGACAGUGACUGGACAGAAUCAGCCACCACCAUAGCACCUACCAGGCCCGUGACUACAGUUUUCCGGACAGGAAUCAGGAACCUGGUUGUAGAUGAGGAAACCACUUCAAGCCUGCGGGUGAAGUGGGACAUUUCCGACAGCAGCGUGGAGCAGUUCCGAGUGACCUACCUGACGGCUCAAGGGGAUCCUGCAGAAGAAGUGGUAGGAAUGGUUAUGGUGCCUGGAAGCGAGAACCAUCUCCUUCUGAAGCCUUUGCUGCCUAACAUGGAGUAUAAGGUCACUGUGACUCCCAUCUACCAUGACGGAGAAGGCGUCAGUGUCUCUGCACCAGGAAAAACCUUGUCACCUUCUGGUCCCCAAAACUUGCGCGUUUCAGAAGAAUGGUAUAACAGGCUACGCAUCACGUGGGAUCCCCCAUCCUCUCCUGUAAAGGGCUAUAGGAUUGUUUACAAACCCGUCAGUGUGGCUGGCCCAACCCUGGAAACGUUCGUGGGAGCCGACAUUAACACCAUUCUUAUCACAAACCUCCUCAGUGGCAUGGACUACAAUGUGAAAAUAUUUGCCUCCCAGGCCUCAGGCCUCAGCGAUGCUCUGACAGGCGUGGUGAAAACAAUGUUUUUGGGUGUAACCAACCUUCAAGCAGAAGAGAUUGAAAUGACCAGCCUGUGUGCUCAGUGGCAGGUGCAUCGUCAUGCUACUUCCUACAGAAUCAUGAUAGAAUCACUUCAAGAUACACAAAAGCAAGAAUCUACUGUGGGUGGAGGGACAAACCGACAUUGCUUCUAUGGACUUCAACCUGAUUCAGAAUAUAAAAUCAGUGUUUACACAAAGCUCCAGGACAUUGAGGGGCCCAGCGUGAGCAUCAUGGAAAAAACACAAUCACCUCCUACUCAGCCACCUACUUCUCCUCCAACCAUUCCACCAGCAAAAGAAGUAUGUAGAACUGCCAAAGCUGACCUGGUGUUUAUGGUGGAUGGAUCCUGGAGUAUUGGAGAUGACAACUUCAACAAGAUCAUUAACUUUCUGUAUAGCACUGUUGGAGCCCUGAACAAGAUUGGUGCUGAUGGAACCCAAGUUGCAAUGGUUCAGUUCACUGAUGACCCCAGGACAGAAUUUAAACUAGAUUCUUACAAAACCAAAGAGACUCUUCUAGAGGCAAUUAAACAUAUCGCGUACAAAGGAGGAAAUACAAAGACAGGACAAGCCAUGAAGUAUGUCCGGGACACCUUGUUUACUACAGAGGCCGGGACUAGAAGAGGCACCCCCAAAGUCAUUGUGGUGAUAACUGACGGGAGGUCUCAGGAUGAUGUGAAUAAAAUCUCCAGGGAGAUGCAGUCAGAGGGUUACAGCAUUUUUGCCAUUGGUGUGGCUGAUGCCGAUUAUUCUGAGUUGGUUAGCAUUGGCAGCAAGCCCAGUUCCCGCCACGUCUUCUUUGUGGAUGACUUUGAUGCCUUUAAGAAAAUUGAAGAUGAGCUGAUUACUUUUGUCUGUGAAACCGCAUCAGCAACCUGCCCCCUGGUACACAUGAAUGGCAUUGAUCUUGCAGGUUUUAAGAUGAUGGAAAUGUUUGGUUUAAUUGAAAAGGACUUUUCAUCAGUGGAAGGGGUGUCUAUGGAGCCUGGCACCUUCAAUGUGUUUUCCUGUUACCGACUUCAUAAAGAUGCCUUAGUUUCCCAGCCAACUAAGUAUUUGCAUCCAGAAGGAUUGCCAUCUGAUUAUACGAUCAGUUUUCUAUUCCGAAUUCUUCCUGACACUCCAGAGGAACCAUUUGCUCUUUGGGAAAUUUUAAAUAAAAAUUCUGACCCAUUGGUUGGGGUCAUUUUAGAUAAUGGUGGGAAAACCCUAACGUAUUUUAACUACGACUACAGUGGAGAUUUUCAGACUGUAACUUUUGAAGGACCUGAAAUCCAGAAAAUUUUCUAUGGAAGCUUUCACAAGCUACAUAUUGUUAUAAGCAAGACUUUGGCAAAAGUGGUUAUUGACUGCAAGCAAGUGGGUGAGAAGGCAAUAAAUGCAUCAGCUAAUAUCACCUCUGAUGGUAUAGAAGUCCUUGGGAAAAUGGUUAGAUCAAGAGGACCCACCGGGAACUCUGCACCGUUCCAGUUACAGAUGUUUGACAUUGUUUGCUCCACAUCAUGGGCCAAUAGAGACAAAUGCUGUGAACUCCCAGGCCUGAGGGACGAUGAAACCUGCCCAGACCUUCCCCAUUCCUGCUCUUGCUCUGAAGCCAGCAAAGGGACUCUGGGACCAGCAGGCCCACCGGGUGGCCCAGGAGUCCGAGGACCAAAGGGCCAGCGUGGUGAACAGGGCCCAAAGGGACCAGAAGGCCCUCGUGGAACUAUAGGCCCCCAAGGACCUCAGGGUCCCCCUGGACCCCAAGGACCAAGUGGUUUGUCUAUACAAGGAAUGCCUGGAAUGCCAGGCAAAAAAGGAGAUAAAGGAGAGACUGGCCUUCCUGGCCCACAGGGGGUUCCGGGAGGUGUUGGGUCCCCUGGACGUGACGGCUCACCAGGCCAAAGGGGCUUUCCAGGAAAGGAAGGAUCUUCUGGCCCUCCAGGCCCACCAGGGCCAAUUGGCAUUCCUGGAGCUCCUGGAAUCCCCGGGAUCACAGGAAGUGUGGGUCCCCAAGGCUCCCUGGGACCACCUGGGGUCCCGGGGCCAAAGGGAGAAAGGGGGGAACGGGGGGACCUGCAGUCUCAAGCCAUGGUGAGAGCAGUGGCUCGCCAGGUGUGCGAACAGCUUAUCCAGAGUCACAUGGCCAGGUACACAGCCAUCCUCAACCAGAUUCCCAGCCACGUCACCUCCAUCCGCACAGUUCAAGGGCCUCCUGGUGAGCCUGGAAGACCUGGGUCACCGGGAACUCCCGGAGAGCAAGGACCUCCAGGCACCCCAGGUUUUCCAGGAAAUGCUGGUGUGCCAGGGACCCCAGGAGAACGAGGUCUAACCGGACUCAAAGGAGAAAAAGGAAAUCCUGGUAUUGGAUCCCAAGGCCCAAGAGGUCCCCCUGGACCAACAGGACCAUCAGGCGAGAGUCGACCUGGAAGCCCUGGGCCUCCUGGUUCUCCUGGACCAAGGGGACCACCAGGCCACCUGGGCAUACCUGGACCCCAAGGUCCUUCUGGCCAACCUGGUUACUGUGAUCCUUCUUCAUGUUCUUCCUAUGGAGUAGGAGCUCCCCAUCCUGAUCAGCCAGAAUUUACGCCUGUUCAAGAUGAGCUGGAAGCCAUGGAACUGUGGGGUCCAGAGAACUGAUAACCUCAGGAGAAAUUUGAAGACCAACUACAAGAACUCUCAAGGCAUCUUACUCAAGAACAAUGUCAAUAUGUGGUGUGUACGUGACCUUCGAGGGAGGGGAGCUCAUUUCAUCACUCAAAACAUCCAUCUUGGAUAUUGUUAAUAUUACUGCUAUGAGUGACCAAAAAUUAUAUAUAUCUGAAAAUUCCCCUAAAUUGUGGAAUUGAUUUUUCUUUCUUGAUUUAGUCACAUGCCAGGUAAUAUGUUUUAUUUUUCUGGAAAAUAAAACUCAAAGAAAAAUUAAGAAACAAAAAACCAAAACUGAACUCUGAAUCUUUUAGUGAGAUGAUCUCAAGUCUGUACUGUAGUAAAAUUGAUAUGGUUCUAUUCCAGGGAGAUGGGACCCUGGAAGAAUAGGAAAUAAGAGAAAUGAAUUGAUUGUGUCAUUUAUCUUGAGCCCCUUAGCCUUGCAAAAACAGAAGAAAAGGAUUUUCUUAGAAAAGCAACCUCUUGUUUACCUGGCCUGUCCAACUCUAAGAUCAUUGGUAACUCACUUCACUGAUAUCCAAAAAUAUAUGUUAGAACAUAGUUUUCUUCAAUUUGAUGAUUCAAAAAGAUAGACUUAGUGUCUUAGUGGGAUUUCAUAUGUAAAAUAAUGAUCAUCUGCUCAUACUGAUGCAAAGAUCCAAUUUUGAGGAACAGUUUAUCCAGCAGUAUCCCAAGAGUCACCCUUUUCUUACACACUGAUGAUUUGUACAUAUAGAUAUGUUUUUGCAAACUGAUUUUCAUUGUUUUUUAUAAGCAAAUAAAAAUUUUU